AUGGUCGCCGCAAAAAUCGUCUUUUCCACAGCGCUGCUGGCGCUAGUGGCCGGCGCCGCCACCGAUGCAACCUCCAACAACGUUGCAGACCUCAUGCAGAAAAUUGUCGAGAAGGACGCUGUCCCCACCAUCACAGACCACAGAGAGCCCCCGUUCGUGGUUGUUGAGAAACGACAAUUCCAGGGCAACCAGGGUAACCAGGGUAACCAGGGUAACCAGGGAAAUCAGGGAAAUCAGGGCAACCAGCAGAACAACGCCACCUCCUCCAUCCCCACCAACUCGGGCUCUUCCCAGGCAGGAGGCUUUUCUUCUAGCUCAUCCCCGGGCUUCUUUUCAUCCACGGAGAUUUCUUCCACCGAGUCUAGCUCUUUCGCCGAGUCCACUUCCUCCGAGUCCUCCUCCCGGUUUGUGCCCUCAUCCACCUCGACCUCCUCGGAGAGCUCCAGCUCUGAGAUCUCUACGUCGACCUCCUCUGAGAGCUCCUCUACCACCGAGUACUCUACCACCGAGUCCUCCACCACCGAGUCCUCCUCCACCACCGAGUCCUCAACCACUGAGAGCUCCACGUCUGCAUUUGUCCCCGUGCCUACCACGGAGUCAUCCUCUGAGGCUUCUUCCUCUGCUUCUCCCUCUCCUACCUCGACAGAGUCCUCGGCCUCGCCUUCUCCCUCCACCACAGAAGGCCCCUCGUCAGAGUCUUCCACUGAAGUCACUUCCGACGCCGUGGUGUCGUCCACCCUAAUCGACGCGUCCGGCGGCCGAACCACCGUUAUCAUGACCCUCACAAACACAAAGGUGACCUACGUCGGGUCCACAACCACUCUGCCUGUGGAGACCCCCACCGCAAGCGGAGUCACUGGCAACAACAACAAGUCUACGGGCUCGACCUCCCACACGGGCCGAAACGUCGGUAUCGGUGUGGGAGUGGGUGUUGGUGUACCUGUUGUGGCAGCCGUCAUUGGAGGUCUGUGGUGGUGGCGACGAAAGCGAGGAGGAGACACCCCCAUGUACGACAAGGACGAUCUCAUCAGCGGAGGCGAGGACUCCAACGUGUUUCGAUCCAACAUUGACCAGUACCAUGCGCCUAACCGGGCCAACUCCGCAGCGAACUUUUAA